AUGUCUUCAAACAGGAUACUCGAAAACGAUCUUCCAAUUGAUCCAACAACCAAGUAUACAAAUUGGGAUUGUCCUGAAGCAAUAAAUUUUCCAUUAUUCCUAUCAACUCUAAAGGACCUUCAUCAAACCGGCUCAUUGCCAACAACUUUUGUAUCUAAUGAAAUAAAGAAUGCUCAUAGUGACGUUAAAACGUAUGGAUUAUAUGAGCUGGUUAGACGAUUGUCCUUGCGAGUUAAUGAGGUAUUAAAUGAAUUGGCAGAAGACGGUGAUAAAAAUAAUGAAUGGUAUUUCGUAUUGGUAGACGGGUUUUUACUAUACUAUGACCCUGAGGUUAUAAAAGAGUUAGAUGUUAAAUUGUUUGUUAGGGCAGAUCAUGAUACCUUAAAGCAACGAAGAGAGGAUCGGGCUGGAUAUAUUACAGUUGAAGACCCUCCCGAUUAUUUUGAUAAAAUAGUUUGGCCGAGUUAUGUUGAAUUUCACAAACAUUUGUCUAUUAAUGGUGUGAAAAGUGGACAUACGGUUAUUGAAGAUCUUGUGGUUUUAGAUACAAAUAAUGAAGAAAAUUUUGGUGAAAAUCUUGAAGAAGCUGUUGAAACUGUGAUAAGAUUUAUUGAAAGAAGCUAUAAUAUAUCGAUAUUAUAA